AUGGAUACAGACAGUGAAAUGUAUACUGCAAGUGCAACCAGUCGGAGAGAUUGGAAAGAGUCAACUGUUACAUACCGACUAACAGUGCAGGGUGAGUUUUGUACAGUUUAAUUUCUGGUAUAAUUGACUGCAUGUUUCUGCUUACAUGUAAUAUCUCAUAAUGUCUAGAGUCAUGCAAAGUUCUCUUUCUAAACUAUACUGGUUCUUGUAAAAGCUGUUUCCAGACCAGUCAUGGAGAUGGUGUCUCUACUCCAACUCUACUGCUGGACUCUGUGAUGUCACAGUUAACUGUUCAGUUACAGGUGUGUGGGUGUUGUCUGUCUGUGAUGGAGGUCAGUGCACACUGUCACAGCAGUCUCUGUCACACACCAGAGUCAACAUCAUCAUCUCCAAUCACAACGGAACCAUCCAGUGCACCGGCAGAAAUCACGUCAGUGCAGAGACCAACUCACUUCGCAUGGAGAACAUAUGUAAGUCUAAUUUUCUAGCUUCCAUCUUCUGUGCAAACCUCUAUCAUUGUAUUACUACGGUUUGGAUAGUACUUUAUAUAAUAUAAGAAAUGUGUGUACUGUGUGUUUGUGUGUGUGUGUGUGUGUGUGUGUGUGUGUGUGUGUGUGUGUGUGUGUGUGUGUGUGUGUGUGUGUGUGUGUGUGUGUGUGUGUGUGUGUGUGUGUGUGUGUGUGUGUGUGUGUGUGUGUGUGUGUGUGUGUGACUGCUCAGGUAUUGAAGAGAAGAAGGGGAGAGCUGCAGCAUCACCAGUUAGGACCAUUGUGGGCGGGAAUGGUGUAGUCUUCUUCGUUGUUGUGCUAGUUGGUGUAGGAUGCAUCAUAUCAGCCAGAAAAAGGUACUGUAAAGAAGAACUGCCACUGCAGGUAACUCCUCAUUUAUCCAUUGUCAGCAUCCUGGAAAAACCUUGUAUCUAGAGCUAUGAUUUUAUAACAUUUGAAACAAUGAUAAUUUGAAUGUUUUUACAGUAUAAUAUCUCAUUUCCUAACAGGUCAACCCAGUAAGUGCUCCACCAGGGGAGUGGCUGGAACCACAGAACACAGAGGGUCCUGAGGUAACAUUCAUCUACGACACUGCAGGGAAACCAGGAUCCACAGUACCAGUAGGAGCAGCAGCAGCAGCAGCAGCAGAAAAGGGCCAGACAGAGGCUAUCUACAGCAAUGUGUAGCAACCAGCAGUAGAAGACCGCCACCUGUUGGACAAACUGAGCACUGCUCCAGAAAAGAGGCCAGAAGCACAGGGCACAGCAACAGUCUACAGCACCAUACAGAAACCACUUGCACAA